ACCGAGGGGCGGGUUAUCAACAACAGACUCGGUCUGUGGCGCUAACGUUACGUUACCGACGGACAGAGCCCGAGUGUUGUUUUGAAUUUGCUAGAAGACACCGACUGGAAGUGGGGGCUAGGGCCUGUGGAUAAGAUGGCGGAUGUAGAAGGCGAUGAAACUCGGUCGACUCUACCUUCCGCAUCCCGUAACGGUCCGGUCGUCGGUUCGUCCGCGAGCACCGCGGGCCAGAUCGCGACCAUGGUAACGUCAGGACCGCGGACGGUGAGGAUCGUGAAGUCGGAGUCCGGAUACGGCUUCAAUGUUCGCGGUCAAGUUAGCGAAGGAGGACAGCUCCGGAGCAUCAACGGGGAACUGUACGCUCCUCUUCAGCAUGUCAGCGCUGUUCUGCCCGGCGGUGCGGCAGACCGAGCCGGGAUAGCGAAGGGUGACCGGAUCCUGGAGGUUAAUGGGGUGAGUGUGGAAGGUGCCACCCAUAAGCAGGUGGUGGACCUGAUCCGUGCAGGGGAGAAGGAGCUGGUUCUGGCUGUGCUGUCUGUUCCAGCUCAGGAGGCUGAUGGAUUGGAGGGAGGAGAGGAUAUCCAACCCAACUAUGACUACAGUGAUAAGCAGGCAGUGCCCAUUUCAAUUCCCACAUACAAACAUGUAGAGCAGCACUCCGAGAGGUUUGUGGUGUACAACGUGUAUAUGUCAGGUAGACAGCUGUGCUCAAAGCGCUAUCGGGAGUUUGCCAUCCUGCACCAGAACCUAAAAAGGGAGUUUUCCAACUUCAACUUCCCAAAGCUUCCUGGUAAAUGGCCCUUCUCCCUGUCUGAACAGCAGCUCGAUGCACGCCGCAGAGGCCUGGAGGAAUAUCUCGAGCGAGUUUGCUCUGUGCGGGUGAUCGGGGAGAGUGACAUCAUGCAGGAGUUUCUCUCUGAAUCAGAUGAGAACUACAAUGGAGUGACAGAUGUAGAACUGCGGAUAGCCCUGCCAGAUAAGACCACCAUCUCCGUCAGAGUCCGCAAGAACAGCACCACAGACCAGGUGUACCAGGCGUUAGUGAUGAAGGUGGGAAUGGACACUAUUAUGGCGAGCUACUUUGCCCUUUUUGAAGUCAUCAACCACUCCUUUGUGCGGAAGCUGGCACCUAAUGAGUUUCCCCACAAGCUUUAUGUGCAGAAUUACACAUCGGCAGUGCCGGGGACUUGCUUGGCGCUCCGCAAAUGGUUGUUCAGCUUCCAGGAGGAGGAGUUGCUAAGAGACAACCCGCUGGCACUGCACUACUGCUUUCACCAGGCAUUGGAAGAUGUGAAGAAGGGAUUCAUAAAAACAGAGGACAAAUCCUACCAGCUGCAGAAGCUGGCAGAGCAGCGCAAGAUGGCCACGUACCUGAGUCUGCUGCGGACAUGUGAGGGCUACAAUGAGGUGGCGUUCCCCCACUGCUCCUGUGACUCCAGGAGGAAGGGACACGUCAUCACAGCUAUCAGCAUCAAUCACUUCAAGCUGCACGCUUGUACUGAGGAUGGCACGCUGGAGAACCAGGUGAUAGCUUUUGAGUGGGCAGAGAUGCAGCGCUGGGACACCGAUGAGGAGGGGAUGGCUUUUUGCUUUGAAUACGCCAGAGGAGAGAAGAAACCUCGCUGGGUCAAGAUUUUCACUCCUUAUUUUAACUACAUGCAUGAGUGCUUUGAGCGGGUCUUUUGUGAGCUGAAGUGGAGGAAACAGGUUGAGGAAGAGGCAUCUGACAAAGACAACAAAAACUGCAGCAACAAUGAGUAUCUGCCUCCUCUGGAGACACAGCAGAAGGGAUGGCGCCACCUAGGGGGGGAGAUUGCAACUUCCUAAAACCAUUCGUCAUCACUGAAACUAGAACUGGUCCACUUGCAUCAUCACAGCCACCCCAGAGAGCGCCCAUCGACAAACACAGAACUGAGUGACAGACUGAGGCGAUCCAUGCCCCGAAAAACAUACUGGAAGUGACCUAUUUGGGAAAUUGGAAUAGUCACACUUAAACGACCCCAGGGAUACACACAGCAAGAAGAGCAAUGAAGGAGAAUAAACAAAAGCCAACUUUCAUGUCAUUUACUAGAUCUCCAUAGCGUGUCUGUUGUUUUCCUCCUUGCAUCCGCCCUGUGAUAUGAGGCAGGACACGAGCAAAUUCUUGCCACUGGUUGAGACGCGACACAUACAGUACAUACAGUGUGUGACCAGUCAGGGUCACCACAGAGCAGCGGCACCAUUUUGCGUGAAGGGAGCACCGCACUGAAUCGCUACUUGACGAGGGAGCUGACGCGGGAUCCGAUUGUGACGGUUGGGUCCUCCCAACACGACUGGCUCCGUCCAAAGCCCUCGGAGUGGCCCUGGUCUGAUGAACUGAGCUGAGAUGAAAAUAAGAAGGGAGGGAUACAGAAAAUGGGGUUUUCACUUCUUUAACAGGUAGUGAUGAAGAAAGAAAGCAAAAUCAUGCUUUACACUGAUGAUGGACAUUAACACAAAAAUUAUGUUUUCUAUCUGUAAGGUCAGAAGUGUUAUUUCUUUGUUACAAAUGUAACUAACUGAAAAUGGAUGUUGGGGCGGGGGAGGGGGGGACGUGUCCAUAAUUAUGUGUAUGUUUAACAAUCUUACUUCUGAUAAAAUAUAGAUUAAUAUAAGAGCUAUAAUAAUUGGUUUCUUGAUCUAACACAAUGAAACACUAACUGAAUAGCAUUCAAGCUACUCUAACUAAUCUCCAUUCUUUACCUUGUCUUGUGGUCCAACCCACGCUACUUCAGAAUGACAAAUGUUGGCAAUCUGCCGUGAAUGUGUGUGUGUGUUUAUCCCCCUCGCAAGUGUUUUAUUGUGGUGAUUCUGCAGAGCCUAGAAGUUGAGUGGAAGAGGCUUUCUCAUUCUCAGCUCUGUGCAGGGAUGAUCUCUUGAACAAAAGGUUGAUGGGCCAAAGCGUUGAUGUGUUUGAAAUGGCACACAUUCUGCAUGAGGAAUCUGACAGAUUGUGAAUAUGAGGACCAGACAGGAGCGUUUUUGAGUGUACGUCUGUUGAGCUGCAGUUUACUGAACAGGCAGCAGAGAGCAGCAGAGUUUAACACAGAUUUAGUCAUAGGUUUUGAGCAGAAAUAGAAAUCUUCUCAGAGCUUCUUAUAGAGUGAUCCCUCGGGCUCUGUAACUCAUCCAGAAGUAUCACUCCACUGCAGUUUGUCCAUUAACCACGUCAGGAGGACAGGUGGUGUGUGUGCGAGCGUGUUUGUUGUACUGAGCAUAAAGUUGGCGACUGCAACCACAACCAUCAGCUCUUACUGCACCUUAACGAGUACAGUAAUAGUGCUGUGUGUGUGUAUGCACAUUACAUAUGAUUUACAAUUAACACAGAUUUUGUUUGUUUUUGAGCAUUUCAGUUUUUUUUUCACUCUAAGAUAACAUGUUUUUCUUUCUGUAGAUUUAAAACACUUACAUGCAGACAAAAAUGCUCCUGAUUUGAGACAAUGUGCGUAAAAGGCUAGUAGUUUUACCUCGGCCGAUUUAUUACAGACUCAUUCUUGUGCUUCAUUUCGCCUUCUGGCAAGCGACCAAAAACCCAAAACUGAGAGUGAUGUUGGUUUAUUUUUUAUUCACACUGACUUUUAGAGCACAAGUUCAAAUUUCAGUUUGUUAAAAGAUUUUUUUUUUUUUUUUUUUUUUACAGUUGAGCAUAGCUUUCAGGUCAAUAAAAUGUUUAAUUCAUGCCUAGGUUUAGUCAUAAUUUGCUUUCCGUCACUUACCUUGGAGCAUGUGUGCGUGCAUAUGUAUGUGGGUGUGUGUGUCCUCUAUGUUUAUCAUUGACAUUGCUGAUAAGCUUUUAGGCUGUGAUUGGACGUGUCUGAUGAGCUGUCGGUUUGAGAGCAGGCAAAUGAAGAUGGGGUUUUGUAUCUGUACGACAGCGGAGACGCCAGACAGAUGGAGACAAAUGGGAGGCGUCUCUUAUUGUCUCGCUAACAUUCACAGCCCGUCACAUGCUUUUUCUGCAUAACGCACACACAUCCCUGUCUCCCUGCUACUCUGUUUACAGUUUGACAAAAUUGUUAAGUGCAACAUUGUAAGAUGUUUUGUUAUUUGUCAUCCUGUGUUGACUCUGAGGGCAAACCUCAGUUAUAAGACAGACUAUAGCAAUACAUACCAUACUGUAGUAGCAUGUUGUGUGUUUUACACACACACCACAGGUAGCUGGAUUGAGAAUGAAACUGCAAUGUGCAGAUUGCUGGAUGGUCAUUUUGACAGCCAAAGUAAUAGCCAAUUCAGAGAUGGAUGACAUACGAAUUGGAGUUGUUCAAGCAUGAUGUUUCUUUUUUUUUUUCCUUCAUAAGAUGUAGAAGGAGAAGCAGAUAGAGGCUGAGUGAUUGUGUGUGUGAGCUUUUCUGUCCUCUGGUCUCCAGGUUGGUCUCCCCAUCAUCACAGGGGGAUGUGGUUGCCGUGGCAGCACCACGUUGGCUCAACACGCUCAGUGCAGCCUCUGUUCCUUUUAUUCCUGUCAGCCAACUGACUCACUCCUCCCAAUAAUGUAUUCAAAGCAGUGUUUUUUACUGUUUGAUGUUUGUUCUCUGUCCCUGUGGCUCAUGCUGCUGUGAAUAGGCUUUUAGAAAGCUGCAGUUUUUUUUAUAUUUUUGUGUUUCGGUUUGUCUCGUCUGCGCCAGGUGCCAUCUUACGCUCAGUCUCAGAGUCACAGGCAGGUGUGCAUCCUGUCAGUUGUCCUCCGUUUCGGCCGUCGGUGAGAUAAAUGUCAUAGUAACAGUGUUUAGGUGAAAGCAGAGAGAUGACAGGAAUGUUAAAUAGCACGUCUUUGUAUGGUCGGCCUGUGUUUGUCAGUGUACGCUGUGCUGUGGGGCCACCUGUGUUUGUGUCUGAGAUGCUGGACUGCCUUCGCGUGUGAGUGAAUGAAUAUUUACAGAAAGAGGCUUGAAUUUCACACAGGAUUUAACAGAUAAAAAAAAACCUCUGAUGGUACAGCAAACAUGGUGGCAGUAGAAUAAAAAAAUUAAUGUGUCCAUGUGAGGUUCAGAAAGUUCGUGUCCAUCAGAACCGCCACUGGAAUGCUCGUCUAAAUGAUGCUGUUGCUAUAGUAACACAUUGGUUUUCUGAGUCUCGUGCCAAAUCAGCACUGAUUUCCAUAACAUCGUUUGAGUGGCAGACAUUGUGUAAGAUCUUUUCUCUUCAAAUUCUACGGCAUUUCAGGCUCAGAGUCCAGUGUUCAAAGUGGCAUUUAUGAGGCUGCUCAGUCGUUCUCUUUCCUUUGACGCUGUUGGUUCAGUCAGAGCCGCUACGUUUGUCUCAUCAUCAGCGCUUUUAUGUAGACUUGAUGUUUGUCGACCUCUGGAACACGCGUCCGACUCUAGAGGGCAUUAGCUGCUGGCUUUCCCCAUUUCAGCUGACAUGUCCUACCCAUGACUAACGUGAGGGGUGGAUGUAAGUGUUUGUUUUUAAAAAGUGUUAAGCUUUGUGUAAUUAAUUUCUGUUCAAUGCUUUGAAAACACGGGGCUUUUCCACGGCAAGUAGUCAGUGACAUUAAUUAAAAACCUAAGCCUUGUUUGUCUGUCUUCAGCAUAACCUGUAAAUAGUUGUUUUAAAAAGAAAAAGAGAAUAUCUCUUGGACAAAAUGCACUCUUGUUUCUCCAACUCAAAACCUUUAUUUAUUUAAACAGAAAUUAUAAAGAUUGGAGAAAUUAUAGUGUACAAGGCUAGAGCCACCGUUGAUCAUUAACUUUGUGCGUGGGCAAUGGCUGUAUGGAGUAUUAGCUAACUACACAAUGAAACUGAAGCUGUCAAAAAUGAGAGUCAGUGUCUAAAGACAUCAAUUAACACCUGAUGCAAAACUAGGCUACAAAAUUGAGAGUUUUAUAUCUUAAACAACACAUGAGGGUUUACUAACCAAUAUAAGAAAAAGGCAAAAAAAGGUUUGAAAAUGUUGUGUAGAGUUAUAAAUUGUAACAAUAUUUUAAAUAAAGUUAUAUAUUGGGAAAAAAAAAAAGAAAAUCUGUCAGUCUGAAUUUAUUUACUCCCUCCAGGACAUAAAAUGAACCGUGAACUCAUUUUCUUUAUGUUGGCAGUAAUUUGAAUUUGCUUCCAGGGGGAUUUUUACCAGCUGUUAAAUGAUAAAGCACUCAGGUUGUGUUUAUCAAUGUAUGGAUUCUCUUCCUUUCCAGUGGGACCUGGCCAAUGUCAAGACUGUCCUCCUAUAAAAGACAUAAAGUGAUAAAGCAACAGCAGGGCUCAUCUGGGACCAAUUAACUUAUUGAAGGGAAAAAAAGAGUGUACUUAAUAAGCUUUUAAUGUCUUUAAGUUUGAAUUUGUCAAAAUGUUACAGCGAUGCUGAAUAAAUUGCUUUUAAUGAG